CCGGGGCCCCCGCCGCCCGCCGGGCCCGCAGUAGUAGGAGGGCUGUCGGGCAUCGCCGGCCGGCCGGGCCACCCGCAUCUCCUCUCCGGGACCCGUCGGAUGGGCGGGAGCUGGUCCUGGGCGGCGGCAGCCCGGGGAGCCCGGGGGGCGUAGGGUCGGGGCCCCAGGAGUCCCGGCCGGCCGGCCGGCCCGCGGUUGCGGAGGAGCCCCGGGGGAUGGGCGGCGCCCCAUGGGGCCGGGCCGGCCGACCGCCUGACGCCGGCCCCUCGCCAGCCCGGAGCGGGGCCCCUCGCCCCCCGAAUAGCCACGGGACCCGUCGCCGCGCCCACCAUGUGCCAAACGCCGCGCCGAGCGCCGGGCUGGAGAGCCGGGGAGUGAGGCCGGCCCCACGUGGGGGCCCCCCGCCUUUUGCAGUUUUAGACCUACAACUGCUAGAAUUCUGUGCUCACUGUGACCUCCGUAACUGAAGAGUUAUCAGCAGAGAUUCCCGAAAUGUCCAACAAAACCUGUGAGGAAAGGAUAAAGGAAUUCCACAUUCUUCCUAGACAAAAGAUGAUCAGGGACCGAGGAAUAACAUGGCAUGAAACAUGGCCCAGUUCUACUACAAAAGAAACGUGAACGCACCCUAUCGAGACCGCAUCCCUCUUCGCAUAGUCCGAGCCGAGUCCGAGCUCUCGCCCUCGGAAAAGGCCUACCUGAACGCCGUGGAGAAAGGUGAUUACGCCAGCGUGAAGAAAUCCCUGGAGGAAGCCGAGAUCUAUUUCAAAAUCAAUAUCAAUUGCAUCGACCCCUUGGGACGCACGGCUCUCCUCAUAGCCAUUGAAAACGAGAACCUCGAACUCAUCGAACUGCUCUUAAGCUUCAACGUAUAUGUUGGAGAUGCCCUGUUACAUGCUAUCAGGAAGGAAGUAGUAGGAGCUGUUGAACUGCUCUUAAAUCACAAGAAGCCCAGCGGAGAGAAACAGGUUCCUCCAAUCCUCCUGGAUAAACAGUUCUCGGAAUUCACCCCUGACAUCACCCCCAUCAUCUUGGCGGCCCACACCAAUAACUACGAGAUCAUAAAGCUGCUUGUGCAGAAGGGGGUGUCGGUCCCCAGGCCCCACGAGGUCCGCUGCAACUGCGUGGAGUGCGUGUCCAGCUCGGACGUGGACAGCCUGCGCCACUCACGCUCCCGGCUCAACAUCUACAAGGCCCUGGCCAGCCCGUCGCUCAUCGCCUUGUCCAGCGAGGACCCCUUCCUCACCGCCUUUCAGCUGAGCUGGGAGCUCCAGGAGCUGAGCAAGGUGGAGAACGAGUUCAAGUCGGAAUACGAAGAGCUGUCCCGGCAGUGCAAGCAGUUCGCCAAGGAUCUGCUGGACCAGACCCGCAGCUCCAGGGAGCUGGAGAUCAUCCUCAACUACCGGGAUGACAACAGCCUGAUCGAAGAACAGAGCGGAAACGAUCUCGCCCGGCUGAAGCUGGCGAUUAAGUAUCGGCAGAAAGAGUUCGUGGCCCAGCCGAAUUGCCAGCAGCUGCUCGCCUCCCGCUGGUACGACGAGUUUCCGGGCUGGAGGAGACGGCACUGGGCGGUGAAGAUGUUGACGUGUGUGGUCAUAGGACUCCUUUUUCCCGUCUUCUCCGUCUGCUACCUGAUAGCUCCCAAAAGCCCCCUCGGACUCUUCAUCAAGAAGCCGUUCAUCAAGUUUAUCUGCCACACCGCAUCCUACUUGACUUUUUUGUUUCUACUCUUGCUGGCCUCCCAGCACAUCGACAGGUCAGACCUGAACAUGCAGGGACCGCCGCCCACCAUCGUCGAGUGGAUGAUAUUACCGUGGGUCCUGGGUUUUAUAUGGGGUGAAAUUAAACAGAUGUGGGAUGGCGGACUGCAAGAUUACAUCCACGACUGGUGGAACCUGAUGGAUUUUGUAAUGAACUCCUUAUACUUGGCAACAAUCUCUUUGAAAAUUGUUGCACUUUUAAAGUAUAGUCAGAGGCUCAAACGGGAUGAGUGGGACAUGUGGCACCCCACCCUGGUAGCUGAGGCUUUAUUUGCUAUUGCAAACAUCUUCAGUUCCCUGCGCCUGAUCUCAUUGUUCACUGCAAAUUCUCACCUGGGACCUCUGCAGAUCUCUCUAGGACGAAUGUUACUGGACAUUUUGAAGUUUCUAUUCAUAUACUGUCUCGUGUUGCUAGCUUUUGCCAAUGGCCUCAACCAGUUGUACUUCUAUUAUGAAACAGGUGGCCUAAAUAACUGCAAAGGAAUUCGGUGCGAAAAGCAGAAUAAUGCGUUUUCCACGUUAUUCGAAACACUGCAGUCCCUCUUUUGGUCUAUAUUUGGGCUCAUCAACCUGUACGUGACCAAUGUCAAAGCCCAGCACGAAUUUACCGAGUUCGUCGGCGCUACCAUGUUUGGAACCUAUAACGUCAUCUCGCUGGUUGUUCUGCUCAACAUGCUCAUUGCCAUGAUGAAUAACUCCUACCAGCUGAUUGCUGAUCACGCGGACAUCGAAUGGAAGUUUGCCCGAACCAAGCUGUGGAUGAGUUACUUUGAGGAAGGAGGGACCCUGCCCACUCCCUUCAACGUCAUCCCGAGCCCCAAGUCGCUGUGGUACUUUCUCAGGUGGACGUGGAGGCACCUGUGCAAGAAGAAGAUGAGGCGGAAACCCGAAAGCUUUGGAACCAUAGGGAGGCGAGCGGCUGACAAUUUGAGGAGACAUCACCAAUACCAGGAAGUUAUGAGGAACCUCGUGAAGAGAUAUGUUGCGGCAAUGAUUCGCGAUGCCAAAACUGAAGAAGGCCUGACAGAAGAAAACUUUAAGGAGUUAAAACAAGACAUUUCUAGCUUUCGCUUUGAAGUCCUCGGAUUAUUAAAAGGAAACAAACUGGCAACUCUCCAACCCUCCAAGGUCGUUAAGGAACCUCUGAAUCCCCUGGAUCCUGAUGACAGAAGUGACGGCGGUGGUGGUGGUAAGGCAGCCAAUAAAAAGAAUUUCAGCCUUUUCGACAUAACCAGCCUGAUUCACCCAAGGUCAGCCGCCAUCGCCUCGGAGACACACCCUAUAAGCAACGGAUCGGCCCUGCUGGGUCCCGAGACCGCCAAGGAGAAACAAAAGAAAGUGAACUUCGUAACGGACAUCAAGCACUUCGGGUUGUUUCACAGACGCUCCAAACCCAACUCUGGAGAGGCACAGGCGAAUAAAAUCUACUCUGUUUCCGAAGAAGUCUCCCGCCAACAGGCCGACCAACAAUGUGAGAAAAACACUCAACUGGAAGCAGAAGACUUGGCCGUGAAAUGUGAAUUAAGCCUCGCCGGACUCGCCGAGCGGAGCGUGUCGACGGACGCUAAGCGAGAUAACCCAGAGACGGUGGAUUUACAGGGGGGCGGGACUCCUUGCCUAUUGGAGCCAGAGGAGCUGAUGGUUAAAGCCGCAGAGCCAGACCCAGUUAAGGAGAAUCCGGACCAGGAAGGAGACGGUAACAGAGACGCUGACCUGAAGAUCUCGGAGACAAUCGUUCACGAAGAUUACGUGACAACCAGAUUGUGAUACUUGAAGGCAGGAUACUAUACAAAUAUAUAUAUUUUGCAUAGUGCUUGGGCGGGGUGGGGGUGGAUGUUUAAAAUGAUAUAAGCCCAUGCUGAGUUAUACUUUCUAGCAUUUAACAACUGUGGCUCACCAACCUGUAACAUGAUUAAACGAGGGAAAGGCUAUAGAGGAACCUUGUGUUUUGUAGCCUGCUUUUGCUUUCACAAUUUGUUUGAGAUUUUUUAAUAAACUGAAGCAUCUUGUAUUCUUGUACUGUUGCAAUAACCCACAGAAGAAACUUUUUAGCUAUCUUUUUCAAUUAAAACAAAUGCAAUUUCUCUCAUGAUGGUAGUUCAUUCCUAUGAUAAAUAUUUUUCUAUGCAA